AUGUAUAUACCAUUAUUAGGAAGAUUACAUUUAUUAGAUUGGCCAUUUAUAGUCAUAUCGUUUAUGUUGGCCUGGAUUGAAUUUAUUAUAUCUAUGAUAACAUUAUUAUUACCACCAAGUAUAAUUGAUUUGUUUACAUUUACAACAAAAUUAAUUUAUAGGUUUACAUCAAAUCCAAUAAAUUUAAUUACAAAACAUAAACGAAUAAAUACAAUAGAUAAAGAAGAAGAAGAACAGGAAUAUAAAUAUCUGUAUAUUAAUCCAAAUUUAGGUAAUAUUACUAAAAGAAAAUAUGAUUUAAUGAUUGAAUUGUUAAAUGCUGAAAAUAUUGAACAAAUGGUUAAUUUAUUUGGUUAUACAAUUGAAAGUAGAAUUGUUAAAACUAAAGAUAAUUAUUUAUUAACAGUACAAAGAUUAAAGGGGAAAUCAGAUAGACAACAACGUAUACCAAAUGGUAAAGUAAUUUAUUUACAUCAUGGUUUAUUAAUGUGUAGUGAAAUUUGGGUAACAAUGAUUGAUAAAUAUAAAAAUUUACCUUAUUUGUUAUAUGAAUUAGGUUAUGAUGUUUGGUUAGGUAAUAAUAGAGGUAGUAAAUAUAGUCAAAAACAUGUAUUUGCUAAUAUAAAUUCAAAUGAAUUUUGGGAUUUUUCAUUAGAUGAAUUUGCAUUAUUUGAUAUUCCUGAUACUAUAGAUUAUAUUUUAGAAGUUACAAAAGCUCCGAAAUUAACAUAUAUUGGUUUUAGUCAAGGUACUGCGCAAGCAUUUGCUAGUGUAUCUAUUAAUGCUGAUUUGGCUGGCAAAAUAGAACAAUUAAUUGCAAUUUCCCCAGCAACUACUCCACAUGGGUUAUAUUCUAAAUUUUUGGAUAUUUUCUUAAAGACUUCACCAAAUGUGACCUAUUUAUUAUUUGGACGUCGUGCACUUAUGCCAUCAUGUAUAUUUUGGCAAAAGAUAAUGUAUCCUCCAUUGUUUGAUAAUAUGAUUGAUAUUGCCAAUUAUUUCUUAUUUAAUUGGAAAGCAGAAAAUAUUACUAAAUUACAAAAAAUGAGUAGUUAUGCUCAUUUAUAUUCACCAACAAGUGCUACAUGUUCGGUUCAUUGGUUUCAAGUAAUGUCAUCGAAAAAUUUCCAAAUGUAUCAUGAUACUAAUUCUAAAUUAACUGGUUUCCAUCCAAUUAGUUAUCCUUUAAAGAACAUUGAUAUACCAAUUCAUUUAAUUUAUGGAACUACUGAUUCUUUGGUUGAUAUUAAUGUCAUGAAAGAACAACUUCCUGAUAGAGCAACCACAACUCAUCCUGUCCCCGAUCAUGAACAUUUAGAUAACUUAUGGGGAAAUGAUGUUUAUGAUUUGGUGUUUAAACAAGUAUUACAUUAUUUAGGUGAAAAUACUGAUGAAGUAACUGCCAGAUUUUUUAAUCAAUCGAAAGAAAAUGAACAAUUAAUUGAAGAUAUAAUUGUUAAUAAUAGUAAUGGCGAAGUAACAGAACUGGAAAUUGAUGAAAUUUCCUCAAAUCAAUCGUAUCUAAAAACCAAGGCAUUUAAACAAAUGAAUGGCACAGACCUUUCAUAUAUCAAACAAGAAUCCUUAAGGGCCAAUCCAACCGAUUUGGGGGAAGACUUUCGUCCAGAUGCCCUUAUAAAGAAGAUUAAACAACAAAUUCCAAGAUCAUUGCCGUAUUAUGAUAAUCUUGAAGUUACUGUCGACAACGAAGAUCCUAUAGUCAAAGAGCUCAUGAAGUUACGUCCUCAAAAACCAACUCUUGUCCUCCAUAGAUCACAGCCAAUUGAUGAAUCGAUUGAAAAUGAAAUAUUAACCUAUUCAGCAAGAUUGCAAGAAUUAUUAUACUUAUUACUUAAAGAAACCAAUCUCGAUGAUAAUAUUAGAAUAUCUAUUGAAAGUUCGUUAUUUGAUAUGUCAUCUUAUUUGCCGAAUCAUAGAGCUCUGUAUUAUGAAACAGGUGGACUUGAUAGUGGAGAUCCUACCUCUCCCCAACAACCAUUGUCUAAGAAACAACAACAACGAAAACAAAAUUUACUCAGACCAAUUCAAGUGAGUAAUAUGUUCUUAUUUCCAAAUAAUUCGCUUUGCAGAAUAAUAAUUGAUAAUUACGAUUAUUUAAUUGAAUUUUGUUCAAGUUAUUUUAAUCUUUCAUUAGCAUCUCAUAUAACUAAAUUCUUGGUGGAAUUAAUCUAUAAUUUACAAUAUUGGGAAGUAGUUCAUUUGGUUUAUAUGAUACCCAAAUUCACAUAUAUCUUGAAAUUGAUUGAUUUUGAAAUCAUAAAUACAUCUUUUGGUCCACUUAUUAAACCUCCAACAACUUAUUUGUGUGACGAUAUGUUACUGGGAUUGCAAUAUCCUUUCCCUUAUCCAUUUUAUAAUUAUUCCUAUCAUUCUUUCAAUUCAAAAGCAGAUGAAGAUAAAUUGAAGAGAGUAAGAAUUUCUUCCUAUUUAGAUAUAUCAUUGAAAUCAGAAGACCAAGAACCACCAUUAAAGAAAAAACGUGGAAGGAAACCAAAAGUCAAACCAAUGACAGAAGAGCUUAGAGAUGAAACAACAGAAAUUGAAUCUAAACUGGCAACACCGGGCCUUCAACAAGAUUUCAGUAUUCAUGGCACUAGCCCUGAUGACAUCAGCAGUAGAGAGGCGACUGUGUCUGUCAAGGAAGAACCCGAAGCGGAACCUACUCCCACAAUUGAUACUGUGUCUUCGAAACCAGAACCGGAAACUUAUGAGAUUUCGCCCACUUCUGUCCAACAACUCCCACUUCCAAGCUUACCACCUCAACAAGAUCAACCACAACCUACAUUUGCUCCACCUGGUCCUAUGCACAAUGUUCCACCAAUGUAUCCUAUGAUGCAGGUAAUCCCACCCGAACACUAUCAAUACUAUCAGUACCAAAUGCAUCCAUAUCAACAACAGCAUCCAGCACAGCAGCCACUACCGCCACAACAAACAAAUCCUCAGCAACAUCAAGAAGGAAUGCAAGAACAACAAACAAUGGACCGUCAUCUUCAGAGUAAUGCUCAACCUUCUUACCCCCAACCACAACAAUUGCCUUCUCUUCAACCAAUCAUGUUACCUCAGCAAUAUCAACAAGGAAACGAAGGUGGAUUGCCUUCGAUAGCUAACCUAACUGGUGCUCCACAACAACAACAACAACAAGAACAACAGCCACCGAUGUUCCCAUUUCAUAAUCAAUUGAAGUUUGUCCCACAAUCACCUAAUAGAACCCAGACUGGAAAUAGUAGUAAUCACCCACUUGGUACUGAAUCAUCAACUAUUGAUGCGUCUCCAGGAUUAGGAGCUUCAUCAUCUCCAGAAAAUUCAUUUGAUACAUCUUCAAUGCUUCACGUAAGACAACAACAUCAACUGCAAGGGGAUAUAUCUGAUUCUUCCAUGAUUAUAGAUGAAAAGGGCAAGAAGUCCAAAUCAAGAGUGAUACAUCAAUGUCAUUUAACUGAUCCAAUUACAUUAGGUAAAUGUCUUAAAAUAUUUUAUGGUAAGAAUGAAUUAUUAAGACAUCAAGAAUUUGUUCAUGCAACCAAAAAGAAAAUAUAUAAAUGUGUUUAUUGUUCUAGAAAUGGGGCCAAGGUUCAGAGUUAUCCUCGUCAUGAUUCAUUAGCUAGACAUAUUAGAAGAAAACAUGGAGUUACAGGGAAGGAAAAUAAGAUGGCUGUGAAUUAUGCCAAAGAAAAUGUGGAAGUUAUUAGUGAUGGUCCUGAAUCUCCGCUUGAAGAUGAUUCGACUGAAAGUGGUAGAACUGGAUAUAGUGAGGGUACAAAUGUUCCUCCUCAACCUCUGUUUGUAAGUAAUGCGAAAGGGAAUUAUAGUGGGUUUUUGCUGUUUAAUAAAGAUUCCGGAGUAUUGGAACCAAUGAGUGAUUUACAAAUAGAACAACAUCGACAAUACCAGCAACAGCAACAACAGCAACAACCACAGCAACAGCAACAACCACAACAGCAUCAACAGCAGCAACAACCACAACAGCAUCAGCAACAGCAUCCACAGCAGCCGCAUAAUAUAUUACCAUCAAUACAGACUAGUUUACACGGAAACGUUGGUUCUUCAUCCAAUCAACCAAUGUAUUCCUCAAUGCAAGGAGGACCACUUCCUGGGAUUCACUACCCUCCUGGUGUGCAAUCCAGUUCACAUAUGAAUCCCCAACAACAGCAACAGCAACAACAACAACAACAGUCGCCCACACAAAAGCAAUCGGUGAAACUUCCUCUGAUUAAAGAGUUGGAGAGUUUUACUUCUGGCAAUAAGCCCAGAAAUCCUGGUGGAAUUCAUCAUGCAAUGGAUAUUGCAUAUUUGAAUGCUGAUGGUGCUACCAAUAAUUGA